ACAUCAUCGGAUGCCUCUUGAUGUUUGGUUGUCAGGUGCGGUUUAGCCGGCGCUUUCCAAGCGAUAUGAUGCAUCAGCUGUGAAGUGGGAAGACGCAGCGAUCGCACGAAACACCGUUUGCGCGUCCUUAGCUUCGUCGGAUCAGUGGAUCACACCGCUUCUGAGCUGUUUACGAGUGCCGGACCAUGUCGUCGCCGUCGUCUUCACCGCUGCAGUUUGUGCCUUUCACGUCGACCAUGGACGGCACUUUCUGGAGUGAACUGACAAGGCGGAAACUCGUCCAGUACCGGCUCAGUCAGGGACCCUUUGAAAUCAGCGCCGCGUACAGCUGCGGUUUGGCCGUCGGUCUCCCAGCGUUGGCGAACCUCGACAUCGGAUCGUUCGGACGCGCCAGCGGAGGCCUCAAAACACCAGAUUCAUGUCCUCUGCAGGGCCUGCUGUACCUGCCCAACAGCCUGGCCGACAUGAAGAAAAUGGACAAGUCUGAAGUGCUGCGCACAUCAGGCAAGCUCGUGUGGGCAGCCCUGCUUGAUGGCCAGGCCAUCAGGGACCCAAGCCUCCUGAACCGCUUCGUGGCACUCAUCUACGUUGACCUGAAGAAGUUCACCUUCUGCUACUGGUUUGGCUUCCCUGUUGUGCGCCUAUCCAAGGAGGUGACCCUUGCCAAGCCACCACAGUGCCUUGGUGACAUCUUUGAUGACAGCAGGCUGGCUUGCCUGAACGCCGCAUACGCUGCCCUGGAUAUGCCCGAGAAGCGGGUCGCCUUCCUUGUGGUGUUAUCGGAAAAAGACGUGGAGAUUCAUCCCUUGGAAGAGCUUCCCACGCUGGUGGCGCACAGUCGGUUCUUCUACCUGGCCUUCUCUGACCCGUCAACGUCCGCCAGCCACCCAGGCUGGCCGCUCAGGAACCUGCUGGCUGUGGUCGUCCACCACUGGGGUCACCUGGUCUCCCGGUGCGAUGUGCUCUGCUACCGGCGUGAGGCUCGCCACGGACGCGUGGACAGUGGCCACAGCCUUGUGCUCGACGUCCAGCUGGGCAGCAAUGCUGCCGCUGUUGACGACAGAGCACCAGUGUUUGUCGGCUGGGAGCGUAAUGACGCAGGACAACUGGGUCCCCGGAUCGUGGACUUGAGCAUGAGCAUGGACCCAGCCCGGCUGAUGGAAAAUGCGCUCGAGCUGAACCUGCAACUGAUGCGGUGGCGGCUGGCACCGACGCUCGACUUGGAGAUUGUAGCAUCCACAAAGUGCCUUCUGCUGGGUGCUGGCACCCUGGGCUGCAGUGUGGCCCGGUGCCUGGUCAGCUGGGGAGUGCGCACCAUCACGUUCGUCGACAAUGGUGUUGUGUCGUACUCGAACCCGGCGCGCCAGUCGCUGUACACGGUGCAAGACUGUCGAGACGGUGGCCGACCGAAGUGCGAAGCAGCUGCCAGUGCCCUGCGUGCCGUGUCGCCCGCAGUAGAUGCGCGGGGCGAAAACUUGACGGUGCCCAUGGCAGGCCACAGUGUGCCCGAGCAAGCCGAAGACCACGUGCGGGCCGAAGUCCAGAGGCUUGAGGCAUUGGUCGCCGAGCACGACGCCGUCUUCCUGCUGCUCGACACCCGCGAGGCCCGCUGGCUGCCGACGGUGGUGGCGGCCGCACAACGCAAGAUCGUCCUCAAUGCGGCUCUGGGCUUCGACACGUUCCUCGUCAUGCGGCACGGCGUCGCAGCGGACGAGGCCGGAGACGACGCCGAGAAGCUUGGCUGCUACUUCUGCAACGACGUCGUCGGGCCGGCCGACUCGACGCGCGACCGCACCCUCGACCAGCAGUGCACCGUGACGAGGCCAGCUGUCGGUGCGAUGGCUGGUGCCCUGGCCGCCGAGUUGCUGGUGGGCCUUCUGCAGAGCCCCCUGAAGGGCCGGUGCCCCGCACUGGAUGAUCCAGAGGCCCCUGGCGAGAACCCCCUGGGGCUCGUUCCGCAUCAGGUGCGAGGUUUCCUGGCCCGGCACGUGUACAUGACGCCCACGUGCAUGGCCUUCCCCAUGUGCACAGCUUGCUCGCAACCGGUGCUCGAGGAGUACGCCACUCGGGGCUGGGAGUUUGUGCUACAGGUGCUCAAUGACGCUGCAUACCUGGAGAAGCUGACGGGACUGAGCAGGCUGCACGAGGAGACGGACCUUGACCAAGUCUGGGCGCUUAGCGACAGUGAGGACAGUAUGUCGUGAAGACGCCUGUUUUGCACACCACAGCAGCACACCUCAGCUGGAACAUCUUGCGUCGCGAAACAAAUAGCAGGAGAACAGUGGAAGCUUCACAGCGUAUUUAAUGUGAUUGUUCACACAUGGAUGGGGUAUUCUUUUUUUUUCCACAGCACUGCAAACGCAGCCGGAUAGCCAAGUUUGAUAUCAUACCGAGUAAGGUUUGGUAUUGGUUUUAUCCGUGGCAUAUUGUUCAUUGCUAAUACACUGGCCAUUUCAGGUAUUCAUUCUGCCUGAAAUGUGCACUUUCUAACUGACUGUAUCUGAAAUUGACGUAAUAUUUCAAGGAUUUGUGUGCUCUUGCUCUUAGUGCAUACCUAUUUGAAAAUAUGUGCAUUAUGCAAUAAAUGUAACUUUAGGAUGCACAAAGAAUAAAAACACUGGCUGCUUGUUUGCUAGGUAUCACAUUGCACCUAAGUUCCAGGCACCGUAGAUAUUUUGCUGUGAAAGUGAUUCUUUUCUACUCUGGCUGUGAACUGACAAUGGCGCACAAAGCGAGACUGUAUUUGGGAGGAUGGCUUGCCAUUUUGAAGUAAUGUUUCUCGACAAGGCACGACUGGGCUGUAGCAGAUUUCUUUAAUACCUUUUCUUUUUAUCUAGUCAUGAAACUUCUAUGGUAAAGCUUAAUAUGUCACCCAAAGUAGCCGUGAUGUGGUGCAAAGUAAUUUACAGGGCAUUUGCCUUCAGCCACGGUAGGCUAACUCGUGUGCAUGUAUUCCAGCAAGCUCUGCAACCUUUCCGAUUGUAGUGUUGACCGAGAACACAAAAGAAACUGCAUUUAUGCGAAUGCCACUGACCACACAAUUCUUUAAAAGUACAAUUGCUAGAAGCACGCUAAAUGCGGAGAUUUUGUCCAGUUGCGUAUUAACAGUGACCAAACAUGUGCGCUGUGACUUUCGCUUCAAUAGAGGCCAUUAUUACAGACAGCGAAAAAUUCCCUACUACAGCACUGCCGCAAUAGUUAACAGAAGACCAAGGUAAUGUAACAACUAAGCUUUAACAACAGGUAUUUAUUGUGCUCCCAGCAGUUUAAUUGUGCAGUUAGUGAUAGUCGCAUGAAUGCAUCAUUUCAUUUGUAUUCUUGUGCAAAGCUGCAGUAGGAAAGGUCGCACAGCUCGCCGCAAUAUAUGCAUGGGGGUUUGCCUACCACGGCUGAUGGCCGAGUCCCCACUGAACGACCGCUUAUCGUCGCAGCUAAUUUGGGCAACAUACCAGACUUUCUCAUAAGAGAUCUGUGACCAGAAGAACAAUGCAGGACUUUGGCACUAGUAUGCACAUUUCUCUACUGCAUGUCCUUAGCGUGCCGCUAGUCCUGGGAGUAUAUACGUAUUUUAACUAUCUUCCUUUCACUGUGUAGAUAAUUUUUUUGGCGUUAUUUUUAUUCCUCUUUUAGAGGGGAGAAGGUGAAAAUAUUUGAAAUUUGAAUAUAAAUGAACCAAUCUCUUACCCCAUUUGCAUUCGAAUUGAGUAUUUGAUUCUGAAGAUUUUCAAACAUUUGUUAGUGGCUGAAUAUACUAUGGUUUUGAGUGUACAAGAAACUUUGCAAUGCUGAUUGAAAUGUUACUUAUUUUUUCACUCAACCGUAAAUACUCUAGGCCAUUUCUUCGAACAUCGUUAUGAAGCACUACGCUUCAGGCACCAUCUUUUUUGUGCACAGGUGACACUUUCUGAGCUACUGUACAGAUUUCAGUAAAUAUGCGAAUUCUGUAGUGAAGAGACAGUAUUCAUAUCCAAAAUUUGUACGAUCGCACAAACAGAACACGUACUUGCUGUUUAUUUGCUUACUUUUAUCGAAGAAAGUCUGUGAUGUUCCCACGUGUUUUCUUCCUUGCUAAAUGGGUGAGUAGGCACUUCUCAGACGCAUAGAACUGCACACCAGCGGCCGAGCUUGCCUCGCGACAAACUUCGCCAUGUGGCAAACUCCACAUGUUGUACCAUCUUUGCUUGCUUGACAUUGAUGUUGAAGCGGUGAAUAUUCCAGUUAAUCAGAAAAGGUACAGGAUAGAGACAUUCAUAGUUUGGUGAAUAAUUAUAGUAGGCAGCUUACUAUAACACAAUGUAAGCAGAAACUUCAUUGGCUAAUCUUACAGGAACGUGGAAACAAUCUAAGACUUGAAAUACUGCAUAAUAUUUAUCAUUGCAAAGUCAACACUCAAAGGCAGAUAUACCUAACUGAGCCAACAUACAUACCUCAAAGACUGGAUCAAGCAUAAAAAAAAAGAAUUUCCUUCUAUGAGUGGCACAUUUGGAAUAAGCCUCUCCUUCCAAGUUGUUUCAUAUUCAUCAGAUGAUGGUUUUUAUUGCACGCUGAAAGCUCAAUAUGUUUGUUUUGUUUCGUUGUUACAUCCCCAUUGCUAUAAUGCCUGUACAGGUGAUGCAUGUAUAUAAAUAAAUA